AUGAUUGGAAUUGGAAAUCAUGAAUAUGAUCAUGUUACUGGAGGAAAUAAAGAUCCUAGUCAAGCACCAGGUGAUGGUGGAUUUAGACCUAUAUGGGGUAAUUACGGUUAUGAUUCUGGUGGCGAAUGUGCUGUUCCUAUGGCGAAUCAACCAGUUCAUGUAGUUUAUUAUUCAACUGAACAUGACUUUCGUCGAUCAUCGCCACAAUAUAAAUGGCUUGAACAAGAUCUUCGUUCAAUUGAUCGUAUUCGUACCCCAUGGUUAAUUGUUACUUCACAUCGACCAAUGUAUUCAUCAUUAAUUGGAAUAGAUUUAAUUCAAAUAAUGUUGCAGCUUUAUAUUGAACCUCUUCUCUACAAAUAUCAUGUUGAUCUAAAUCUAUAUGGACAUAUUCAUUCAUAUGAACGAACAUGUCCAAUGUAUCAACAUAAAUGUAUAGAUGAUGGAAUAACACAAGUAUUAAUUGGCAUGGGUGGACAUGAUUUAACGUAUGGUUCUUAUUCUAAUGUAGACUGGAGUGUUUAUCAUGAUAUAUACUUCGGAUAUACUCAUAUAAAUGUUAAUAAAACUCAUUUGACAUUUAGUUAUUAUCAUACAGAAGAUGAUAAACUGAUUGAUCAAUUUCAACUUAAAAAACAAUAA